GCAAUCACACCUCACACAAGCAUGGCUGCCUCUACUCAUCCCCCUGUAAUAGCCCUGCUGCUCAGCUUUGCUUGCCUUCACAAACUCUUCUCUCUCAUCUUGCAUUUGCCCAUCUUUCUCUCGCAACUCAACACCACAAUCCAACACUCGCAUCUUCUUCGUCCAACACCGCUUCCAGCAUAAUAUACCUCAAAGUAAUACAGCAUCUUUGACCUAUUCCAACAAACUCUACAAUGGCCAGCACUGUGGCGACCAACCUCAACACCCUCGGACGGACGACCUUUAUCAAGAACCCGUCGUUCAAGGCCACUCCUCUCAAUGCGUACGCCAAAGUGCUGAGCAAGUUUUGCAUCAUUCCCUCAAUUGAAGGUCCACUCAAGGUCGUCCAACAAAUCGAGCAGCAAGGCGCUCAGACCGUUCUCGAGACCGUCGGCCUCAAGAAGAAGGGCUACGCCGUCAAGAGCCACACCCUCGUCAAGCACAACCUUGCUACCGGGCAGACUGGGCAGGUCACUGCUCAAGACGUCAGCGACGCGGAAUAUCUCGCACCAGUGACGAUCGGCUCGCCAGGCCAGACGAUGAAUCUCCAAUUCGACAGCGGCUCGUCUGACCUCUGGGUCUUCAGCAGCGAGAUGCCGGCAGAUCAGCAACAAGGUGUACAGUCGGCCGGCAACAGCAUCUUCGAUCCCUCCAAGAGCUCGACCUUCCAGAGAACCCAUGGCACCUGGAGUAUCACCUACGGGGAUGGUAGCGGAGCCUCCGGCAACUGCGGCACCGACAACAUCAACAUCGGUGGAAUUACCAUUAAGAACCAAAUCAUCGAGCUCGCAGAUACCGCCAGCUCCCAAUUCUUGUCAGGAUCCGAAAGCGGCUUGUGUGGGCUGGCCUUUCCGCCCCUUAACACAGUCAAGCCGACUCGAGCGCAGACGCCAAUGGUGAACAUGAUCAGCCAAUCCGACAUUCCCAAGGACUCGGAGCUCUUCACCUGUUACUUCAGCGGACAGAGUGGCAACAGCUACUUCACCACGGGCUACAUUGACCAUGAUGCGUGCGGCGGUGCGACACCUGCGUACUCGCCCGUCGAUAGCUCGCAGGGGUUCUGGGAAGUGAAGUCGGAGACGGCUUGUAUCAACGGCAAGGCUGUAAGUCGAAGCGGAAACACCGCCAUUGUGGACACUGGCACCUCCCUCUGCCUCCUCGAAGACUCUCUCCUCGCAGCUCUCUACGGCGCCUUACCCGGAGCGAAAAUCGAUCACUCGGUCCAAGGAUGGGUCUACCCGACCGAUACACCAAUCACCUCGAUCCCAAAGCUUGAGAUCGCCGUCGGCAGCAACUACUUCACCAUCGAACCCGAAUACUUCGGCUUCGCAGACCUUGGCAACGGCUACACGUACGGCAGUUGCCAGUCGCGCGGCAGCAACUUCCCCUUCGACAUCUUGGGUGACCGCUUCUUGUGCAACAUCUACGCCAUCUUCGAUCAGGGCAAAUGCCAGUUCGGUGCUGUACAGCGGACUUCCAGUGGUGCCACGACCAGCGGCAGACCUGUCGACUCGGGUACGGAGUCCAGUACUGCACAACUGGUUCACUGA